GUACAACAUCCAGCAGCUAAAAUGGUAGUUCUAGCAUCACAGCAGAUGGAGCAGGAAAUUGGUGACGGGACAAACUUCGUAAUUGUCUUUGCCGGUGCUCUCCUAAACAGUGCAGAAGAAAUUCUGCGUAUGGGAUUGUCGCCCACAGAAGUUAUUGAAGGCUAUGAAAAGGCACUCAAGAAGGCAUUAGAAAUUUUACCUGAAUUAUCGUGUGGGUCAAUAAAAGAUAUAACUGACAAGGAGGAUGUAACCAGAGUGAUAAAAUCUUCUAUUAUGAGUAAACAGUAUGGUAAUGAAGAUUUCUUUGCAAAACUUGUGACAGAAGCUUGCAUGUCUGUCUAUUCAAACAAGAAAGUUGUUUUCAAUGUAGAUAAUGUACGAGUCACAAAGAUAUUGGGUUCUGGUGUUUUGAGUUCAUCUGUUCUUCAAGGCAUGGUGUUCAAAAGAAAUGUUGAAGGAAACAUCACUAAAGUCAGCAAUGCUAAGGUUGCAUGUUAUACAUGUCCCAUAGAUUACAUGCAAACUGAAACGAAAGGUACUGUACUGAUAAAAUCUGCUGAGGAGUUGAAAUCUUUCAGUAAAGGAGAAGAAAGUCAACUUGAACAGCAAAUCAAGGCCAUUGCUGAUUCUGGCUGUACAGUUGUGGUAUCUGGUGGGAAAGUUGGCGAUAUGGCAUUACAUUUUCUGAACAAGUACAACAUCAUGGUAGUGAGGCUGUUAUCUAAAUGGGAUCUCCGUCGACUAUGUAAAACCAUCAACGCGACUGCCCUACCUCGUAUCACCCCACCAACUACCCAUGAGAGUGGUCACUGUGAUCAAGUAAUGGUGGCUGAGAUUGGGGAUACCUCAGUGGUGAUCUUUAAACAGGAAAAAGAGGAGAGUGCCAUCUCAACUGUGGUUAUACGAGGUUCUACAGAUAAUCUAAUGGACGAUGUGGAGAAAGCGGUAGAUGAUGGUGUUAAUACAUUCAGAGCUCUGACCAGGGAUAACCGUUAUCUUCCCGGUGCUGGUGCCACAGAGAUAGAAUUAGCAAAGAGGCUGACUGAAUAUGGUGAUAGCUGUCCAGGUAUAGAGCAGUAUGCUAUUAAGAAGUUUGCUGAAGCAUUGGAAGAUAUCCCUCGCACAUUAGCUGAGAAUGCCGGAGUGAAAGCCACUGAAGUUCUCUCAAAGCUCUAUGCUGCUCACCAAGAAGGCAAACAAAAUGUUGGAUUUGAUAUCGAGGGUGAGGGCUCUGCUGUUAAAGAUAUUGUACAAGAUGGUGUAUUGGAUCCAUAUUUAACAAAAUACUGGUCCUUAAAGUUGGCUGGUACUGCAGCAGUAACAGUUCUGAGAGUAGACCAGAUUAUCAUGGCGAAAGCAGCUGGUGGACCCAAAGCUCCCAAACCAGGACCCAUGGAUGCAGACGAUGAUUAGGAAAAGAAUCAAAACAAUUUAUUCCAUUAUUGUAAUUUGUGAAUCUAAUAAUUGUGAACUCCUAAAUGUCUUCGCUCUGCUUUUAUUAUGAAUGUUAAUUUAUGAGUUGCAUAGCUUCAAUAUUGUCAAAUUAAAAGAUUAUUACUGUAAUGAGUAUGGAAACUUUGUUACUGUAAUGAUCGAUACUUUAUUACUGUAAUGAGUAUGGACACUUCGUUACUGUAAUGAGUAUGGACACUUUGUUACAGUAAUGAGUAUGGACACUUCGUUACAGUAAUGAGUAUGGACACUUCAUUACUGUAAUGAGUAUGGACACUUCAUUACUGUAAUGAGUAUGGACACUUCAUUACUGUGAUGUGUAAUGGACACUUCAUUACUGUGAUGUGUAAUGUACACUUCAUUACUGUGAUGUGUAUGGACACUUCAUUAC